UAUUUGUGUGGUCCAUUUUUGAGAGACAAUGUUCCAAUACGUCGGGCAAUGCUGCAUUCGAUCCGGCAUCUAGGACUAUGUGAUUGUACCCUUUUCUAAAAAGGUAGAAGUAGUAGUAUUGCUGAUUUUAAGGUUAGACUUCGGACAGCACAAAAAUGAAGCUAGGUGUACCAAAUUUACCAAACAUACCCAAAGAUCGCGAAACACUCCGCAGAGAUGGUCUGGUGCUAUUUAGUAAACUUAUUCGGACGAAAAAUGUGGAAGGCUUACAAGAAACCAUACCAGAAGCAUCAGACGACAGGAAACAGAAAUUAACGAAAUGUCUUACCACACUAGAUUUGACGUCUCUGGGAGUUGGCAGUUGUGUUGGUACCGGAAUGUAUUUGGUAGCAGGGAUGGUGGCAAAAAACGUGGCUGGUCCAGGUGUGGUCAUCAGCUUCAUUAUAGCAGCAAUAGCUAGUAUAUUCUCAGGAGCAUGUUAUGCAGAGUUCGGAGUCAGAGUUCCUCAUACUACCGGCUCCGCUUACAUGUACUCGUACGUGACGGUGGGUGAGUUUGUGGCCUUUGUUAUCGGUUGGAACAUGAUACUAGAGUACCUGAUCGGUACGAGCGCAUGCGCGUGCGCUCUCAGUGCCUGCUUCGAUGCGCUGUCUAACGGAGCGAUCAGCGCAGCUAUGCACACGAGUUUCGGCGAGUUUAUUGGAAGGGAUCCAGAUUAUCUGGCCUUUGUGAUUACCAUCCUGAUGACACUGGUGCUGGCAGCUGGCGUCAAGAAAUCCCUCAUCUUCAACAAUAUUCUAAAUAUAAUUAACUUCUCCGUGUGGGUGUUUAUCAUGAGCGCGGGCAUGUUCUAUGUAAAUAGCGAAAAUUGGACCAAACACGACGGUUUCCUGGCGAAAGGGUGGCCUGGCGUAUUUACGGGAGCAGCAACGUGUUUUUAUGCGUUUAUCGGAUUUGAUAUCAUAGCAACAACGGGAGAAGAAGCAGCUACUCCAAAAAAAUCUAUUCCACUGGCCAUCAUUUCCAGUUUAGGAAUAAUCUUAACGGCGUAUGUUACUAGCUCUAUGAUGCUAACGUUAAUCGUUCCCUAUUCGGAAGUGGACGAGGACUCGGCCCUGGUGGAGAUGUUCGGUCAAGUGGGCGCUUUCCGGUGCAAAUAUAUUGUGGCCGUGGGCGCUCUGGCCGGUCUGACGGUGUCCAUGUUCGGCUCCAUGUUUCCGAUGCCCAGGAUAAUAUACGCUAUGGCACAGGACGGCCUUAUUUUCAAAACUUUCUCGCAAGUAUGGCAAAGUACUGGAACACCAGCUUUAGCUACAUUCUACAGUGGACUUGCUGCUGCUGUUGCAGCAUUGUUUAUACGAUUAGAGAUUCUAGUAGAAAUGAUGUCGAUAGGUACACUUUUAGCAUACACUUUAGUGUCAACAUGUGUCUUAAUUCUCCGAUAUCAGCCACACUCGACAAAUUUGGUAGAACUGCUACCUCAAAGUCUUCGAACGCCUCUACGCGGUUCACCUACAAAAGAGGGAUUACAACAAAGUCCAAAUAAUGCAACAGGAUUAUAUGGUAACCAGUUAGCACCAGAUGCCUUAAAGCAAGCUAUCGAUGCGAAUUUAGGCCCACCAACUGCACCAUCACCUUCACCAUCACCGAUCCCAUCUCAGCCUACUCAGAGGGUGAUGGUAAGAAGAAUUACAAGAAGUUCGCCGGAUAGUGACGACACGUUUGGUGGAGAUGAACCUGAAGAGGAUUUCUCAAUGAGAGAUGAUCAGUUUCUAGUUUCUGAUAGGACAGAAAAUAAAUUUUAUGGCACUCUACAUGGUGCUGGUAGUGCCACUAGUACCAGUGGUGUAGUGGGUUCAACAGUAGGUCCUAGUUUAGGAUAUAUAGGACGUAGGUUGCAAGCCGCUACCUAUCUUUGUCCCGCCAUAUUCCCAUGGGUAGACACUGGGCCUGCCACUGCAGAGUCGGGCAUGUUUGUGAUGAAAAUGGUGGGAAUCCUCUAUAUUCUAGUUAUCAUCUUUGACUUUAUUGUUGUAUUUGGGAUGGACAACAUGAACACGACAACGGCGGUUUUCAUAUUUCUGUUUUUCUUUGCCAUACUUGGCCUGUUAUUAGUGAUUUCAAGAAAGCCACAAAACAGAAAUACUCUACUCUUUAUGACACCAGGUCUGCCUUUUGUCCCUGCAAUCGCAAUCACAGUCAACAUCUACCUUAUAUUGAAACUUUCAAAACUAACUCUAGUAAGAUUUACUAUAUGGAUGACAUUGGGCUUUAUCAUGUACUUCUACUACGGAAUCAAGAACAGCACGUUAGAAGAAAAACUGGAUGUGGAUGGAAAUAUAGAACUGACAGUUACGGACCAUGAAAAGGCCAAAUUUAAUAGCACGUCACCGUACCGAGGCGACCAGAAUAUUUUCCAAGACCAAGCUACAUACGACUGGAAUCCAAAUACCAGUUGGGAUCACACCCCUUCUUGGGCUCUACCACCACAACCGCAAAACAAUCCUUGGGGCCAACCUCAGUAUCAAGUAGAACAACAGUAUAAUGUGGAAACGAACAAUACCAGAUCGGUCAUUAACAAGAGUACGACUGGAAGUAGUUUGUUCGUAAGCGAUCCCACAGCUUUUCCCACUUGGGAUGACUAGUUUGUACAAUGGAAUAAUGAGAAUGAAUACUAAAAGACGAUUUUGUUGUUCUUGUUGAGUAUUUUUACAUUAUAGAUAGUUCAAAUAAUUGAAUAAUUGC